CGCGAUGCCGCCCAAGAAGCCGCUCGUGGACCAGUCCGUCCUGGCGAACCUCAAGGUCCUGCAGAAGGAUGACCCGGACGUGGAGGAGAUCCUCGGCAGCGCGUCGCACGUGACGCUGUACGGGUUCGAUCUCGACGCGAAGGCGUGGAGCCGCAAGAACGUGGAGGGGACGCUGUUCGUCGUCCGACGACGCGCCGUGCCGUCGUUCCAGUUCGUCGUCCUCAACCGACUGAGCACGGAAAACUGCCGAGAAAACCUCCUCGGCGAGUUCGAGUUCGAGCUCUCUCCGCCGUACCUGCUGUACAGGAGCGAGAGCGAGGUGAACGGGAUAUGGUUCUACCGCCAGGAGGAGUGCGACGCCAUGAGCGCGCUGUUCGAUCAGAUCACGACCGCGUUCGCGAGAGAGCCCGCGGGCGUCUCGAGCGUCGACGACACGGCGGCGACGCUGCACCGGCUGGGCAUCGGCGGCGCGCCCGCGGCGGCGGCGGCGCCCGCGCCCGCGCCCGCGCAGAGCGAUAACGUCGCCGCGCUCUUCGCGGGGACGCUCGGUCAGGGAGGAGGCGCGCCGCCUGGGUACGGCGGCGCGGCGCCCGCGCCGAUGGCGGAGCCGCCGGUCGCGUCCGUGGUGGCGAAGCCGCGGCGGGAGAAAACGGCGACGCCCGCGCCCGUCGCGACGUCGGCGGCGGCGCCAGACUCGCCGGCGGCGGCGAGCGGCGGCGGCGGCGGUGGGUUGAACCGCGAGAGCGUCCGGGCGGCGAUGUAUAAGCUCGUGAGUAACGAUAACUUCGUAGACUUGAUGGUGAAGGAGCUUAAGAAGGCGAUGUGA